GCAGCGGACAGCCUUGGACGCUGGAAUCCUGUAUCUUCGGCCCGCCCCGCCUCCAACCCGAGCAGACUCGAAGAGGUGGUAGGAGCGGUUCGAGGCGUCGCAAGCGAAGAGAAGUUUCGCCAGUUGCGUGACCACACGAGAGCAGAGAGGUUGUCCGUCGUCUUCUGCUGCGAGAAUCUCAAACUUAAACUACUGCAAUGGCGGCGGUCAGCAAGGUCACCAUCCUGAAGUUUCUGCAGUUGGUGUUGACAGUUACCUGCUUGGGCAUGCAUUUCAAGGACAACGGACCAGCGUACUACUUGGACAACCUUGUGGUCACAGGGACGUUUGCAGGGUUUUUCAUCAUACUUGUCGGAACAUUCGCUGGAGCGGUUCUGGGCGACAACCUUACCAAGAGAGUGGACAUCUUCUACAGUCUCGCCGGGUGCGCCCUGUUCGUCGCCUCCGGGGCCCUGUGCAUCAAGUACUACGACGCCUUCGGCUCGGGCGACACCCGGCACCUGGGCCUCGCCAAGGGCUCCCUCGCCAUCAUCAACGGCGUGUUCUUCCUGCUGGACGGCUUCUUCACGUACCGCGGGGAGUAGGCCCCUCCCGAUCCUCCGCGACGAUGGCCCCUGCGUCCAUUCCGCGUCGCUCUCCCCCUUCCCGCUCGGUCCGGCGUGCACAGCUCUCUCGCUCCAGCUCAAGUGCAACACUGCUGCUCUUUGGAGAGGGGUUCGCGGAUUUCAGAUCAUUGACAACUGUAGCGUGUCUCAUCCUUAGAUUGCAGUGUGCAUUUUAAUGGGCAUUACUCUCUCUCUCUCUCACUCUCUCUCCAAUGCACAAAUAUCUGCUACUAGCACUGUCCUUGUUUCAGUGUGCUCUGUUGCCAGAUGUAUGCAAAGAGCAAAAAGUCUUGACAAAAAAAUAAUUUAAUGAAAUUUUUUUUUAAAUGUACUUAAAAAAACUUUAUUUUUCAAAGGAUUAAUUUUGAAUAAGAGUAUUUUAAAUACAAUUUCUAGUUGUAUUUACUCAGGUUCAUCUUCUGAUCAUAUUCAAUUCUUCCAACCCAGGAAACGUAAUUGAAAAACACCCAUCUUCUUUUCAACUAUUUUUGUCAUUAAAGUUUUUAUUUCUUUUAAGAUUAUAAAUGUUAGUGCUGUUUGAGCAAAGAACAUAAUUUAAUGAAAUGUCUCGUCAUUAAUAGUGACCAACUGCUACAAAUAGUUUCUCCUGUAAGGUAAUAAUUGGUAUUUAGAAAUUGAUUUUUUUUUUUCCUUUCAGAAGUGUACAAAUGCAAUAAUACUAUAUCUACAAAGAAAAUAUUUAAUGGUUUUUGAGAAAUCAAGAAAAAUAUAAUUUAAAAAAUAAAACAUGAUGUAUAUCAAGAGAAUACAAAAUAAUCAUUUUAAUGUUGACAAACCACGUGGUAUCAAUCUGGCAACAGUGGUAGCCAUUUGCUCUGUACUGCAAUCUAAGUGUGGGACCGACUAUCUUGCCUGCUAGGAAAUUAAUAGUAAUGAAAUACCAACACAUGUUAAGAAUAUGUUAAAAUUUAAUUGCUUUCAAAGCCUCGCAGGCUUUUGCUGUCAAAUGAUUUAAAGCCUUAAAAAACCUCUCUACUGAAAAACAACUGUUUUUGACUUAUACUUUCACUUCCUGGACCGAAAGAAUUCUGAAACUCUGUUUUUUUUUAGGUGUUUGGAUUAAUGAGCCUGGAAAACAUAAUGUAUUCAUGACAACAAUAUCACAAAUAUUAAGAGAGACAUGAUAAAACACACAAAACUGACAUUGGUCAGGAAUUUGAGUUUUUUUUUAAUUUUGUUUAAAUUUUGUGUUCAGUAUUUUUUUCACGUACUCUCUCUUAAUGGCUGUACUAUUGAUAUCAGGUGUACAUUUUGUACCUUAUUGGUGUUUCGUCUUUUCUGAAACAUGAACAAGGAAAAUAAUAGUUAUGACCAUGAGCUUUGUAAAGAGAUGUUGCAACUCAGCUAGCUACCUGCUUGAUGAGUAAAUAUUGAAGCAAUAGCUUAUUUGUAAAUAAAAAAGAUUGGAGCUACAUCUCUAAUUCUUCAGUUGUCAAUCCUUUAUUGACAAAUAUUUUUUAUAUCAAUGUCAGUAUGUCUUAUUGCCAAUAUUUUUGAGACAUUUUUAAAAAUAUUUAAUUGUAUUUGUAUCACAUUUAUAUAUUUUUGACAAAUUGAAUAUACAAGCAAUUUAUUAAAUACCAUCUGUGUUAGGCUGCAAUAGUAGUUUACAAGUAAGAGUUACAACAACCAUUUUUUCUCUACUAAGUACAAAAAAGACCUAAUUAACAUCACUCUUUCACAAAUUUUUGAUUAGUGCCUUGUGGCAGUUUUAAAAUAACCACAUGUUUAAGCAUGGUACAUUAAAAAUACCACAUGAAAUGAAAUGGCAAACGUUCAAAUUAAAGUUUGUAGACCAUUUCUGAAGAAUCAUUUAUAUAUCAAAAUAUUUUUUUAUUAAAUAAUAAAAUUAUAACAUACUAAAUCUAAUUGGAAGUCCCUAUUGGAUAGAUUACUGUGUAUUGAUAUUUACAAUAAUUUGUGUAUGAUAUAUGAAGUACUAUCAUGAAAAGUUUUUCUAUAUUUUUAUUUUUAUAUGUUUCUAUUAUUUAGAAUUAUUAGUUUGCUAUUAAGAACCUCAACUUAAUUAUGAAGUUUCUUUUGUAGUUUUUCAUGAUUAAUUUUUAGAGGAGUAAAGAGGUUGUUAAGUCUGAAUGUUGUUUUGUAAAGUAGGAUUUGUGUUAUAAAAUUGUAUCUAUAAAUGUUUUUUUUUUUUUUUUUUGGGUAAUGAAGAGUUGUUAAGUAAAUUUCUUGAAUGUUUUUACAAAUAAAAUUUUAACCUUGAAAAAAGAAUAAUCUCAAUAAAUAUUUUUCACACUAGUUUACUAUAAAAUAUUUUGGGUGUUUUUUAACGGUAUGAUUCUAAAUAGAUGAAAGUGUUAUUGAAUGUAAAAAAAUAAAAUAUAAAAAAAGGGCAUUUAUGUAUAAAUAUUAUCACUGUAUGUACUACACAUAAGGCUUUUGUAAAUGUGCCUGAAAAAGGUGUCUAGUUAUUAUUGAAUUUUUAUAUAAAUGUUUUGCUAUAUAGUAAAAAAAAAUUAUACUGUUCGAUGCAAAAUUUAUUCUUCAAAAUAAAUAAUAAUAAGGAAGCUAUUAGUUAUUGCAUUAAGUAAAAAAAGUCACCAUAUUGCAUUUGAUUUUGUACUAAUAAAAGUAUAAUUUGAUCAUUACUGUAGGUGUGCAUGUACAUAGGCUUACAGUACUCCCACAAUAUUACCCGAGUCAAUGUGACUGUUCAUAAAUGAAAUUAUUUAUUGUACCUGCUGUCAUACACUGCCUGUUACCGUAUGUGCUUUACUGUAUACAGCUUUAUUUAAGACAUAAGGACCAUUAUUGUUGUUAAAAGCUGUUGAUUGUGUAAUUGUUCUCAAAACAAAUAAAUUCUUCAAAUACCUGUUCACAAA